GAAGCAGAGCAGUAAUAAAUAAUCCAUUUUUUUACUCAUUCUUUGCUUCUUCCUUUUAUAUAUCACGAGAUCCCCAUCCCCAUCUCUUUUUCUUUUUCUUCUUCUUCCUCUCUCUCAUGUCUUCUCCAUUACACAUUUCUUUGAGCUCAUUUCAAACUAAUCAGCAAAAUUAGCCGUUUCAUUUUUUCGUUGUAAGCAAAAUGUCGAAGCCAAUUGAAGAAACGGAUGCGCUAACAGAUCAAAUUCGUGACUCGCUCUGUGUUAACAAGCCCGAUUUCCGUGAACUCGAUCUCGGCUCACCCGUUUCACCGCUGCGACCCACCGCCACUACAACUACAACUACCACUACCACCAGUUCCAGUUCUAGUUCAUCCGGAUCCGCAUCCGCCGCCCGGAUUGGCUCUAACCCACUUCCCAAAGCUAGCCACUCCGGUGACAUUUCUUACUAUACCGAAACUAGCCCUCUUAAAAACCCCAAACCCACUUCCAGAUCCGACCCGUUGAUAUACUCCGGUACCGGAAAUCAGAGUUCAGUAAACUCCCCGUCUCCAGUGAAUGUAUUACCCAGUGGGAAUAUCUGCCCGUCUGGAAAGAUCUUGAAACCAGGGCUGGUAACGAGUCAUCGGAGUUCAAAGAGUGAUGUUUUGGGGUCGGGCAUGGGUCAUUACGGGCACGGGAGUAUAAUGCGACGAGGAGGAAGCGUAAGACAUGGGAAUUUGGAUGUAGGAAAUUCGGGUUAUUAUAGUAGCUGUGGUGGGAGUAGCGUGGAUCCGGAGGAAUUGAAACGGGCAGGAAAUGAAAUGCACCAGAAGGGUCAUUUUGGGGAGGCAUUGGGGUUCUAUGAUAAAGCCAUUGCUUUGGCUCCUGGUAAUGCAGCUUACAGGUAUAAUCGGGCCGCGGCUUUGAUGGGUUUGGGGAGAUUAGCGGAGGCUGUGAGAGAGUGUGAGGAGGCUGUCAAGUUGGAUCCUCAUUAUUGGAGGGCGCAUCACAGAUUAGGCUCUUUGUUUAUUAGGUUAGGUCAUGUUGAGAAUGCAAGGAGGCACUUAAGCUUUGCAGGGCAUCAUCAAGAUGAGUUUGAAUUGCAGAAAUUGCAAGUUGUAGAGAAGCAUCUAAACACAUGUUCAGAUGCCCGAAAAUUUAAUGACUGGAAAAAAGCAUUACGGGAAGCUGACGCUGCAAUCAGUGCUGGUGCUGACUAUUCUCCGCAGCUCUUUAUGUGUAGAGCUGAAGCCCUUCUGAAGCUCCAUCAACUCAAGGAUGCUGAAACUUGCCUUACAAACAUGCCAAAGUUAGAACUGCAUACCGGCUCAUUCUCGCAGAGUAGAUUUUUUGGGAUGCUUUCUGAAGCAUAUUUUUUCUUAGUUCGAGCGCAGAUGGAGAUGGCCUUAGGAAGGUUUGAAAGUGCACUUUCAGCUGCUGAGAAAGCUGGCCAGAUUGAUCCGAGAAAUGUUGAAGUAGCUGUUCUGCUUAAGAAUGUGAAACUGGUGUCUAGAGCUCGUUCUCGCGGCAAUGAUCUCUUCAGAUCUGAAAGAUAUACUGAAGCUUGCUCUGCAUAUGGAGAAGGCCUCAGGCUUGAUCCUUGGAAUUCUGUGCUCUAUUGCAACAGAGCUGCUUGCUGGUUUAAGCUGGGAUCCUGGGAUAAGUCUAUUGAUGACUGCAACCAAGCAUUGUGCAUCCAACCUAAUUACACUAAAGCCCUUCUUCGAAGAGCUGCCUCGAAUAGUAAGCUAGAAAAGUGGAGUGACGCAGUUAGAGAUUAUGAGGUUCUGAGAAGGGAACUUCCAGAUGACAAUGAAGUUGCCGAAUCUUUAUUUCAUGCUCAAGUUGCAUUGAAGAAGUCCCGCGGAGAAGAAGUCUAUAACAUGAAGUUCGGUGGUGAAGUGGAGGAAAUUGUCGGGCUUGAGCAGUUCAAAGCUGCCCUGUCUUUACCGGGUGUAUCUGUAGUUCAUUUUAAAUCAUCCUCUAAUUUGCAUUGCAAACAAAUAUCUCCAUUUCUGGAUACACUAUGCAGCCGCUAUCCAUCAAUAAAUUUUCUCCAGGUGGAUAUUGAAGAGAACUCAGCAGUUGCAAGUGCCGAAAAUGUGAGGACUGUACCGACGUUCAAGAUAUACAAGAAUGGGAACCGAGUUAAGGAGAUUGUCUGCCCAAGUCGCGAAAUGUUGGAACACUCGGUGAGGCAUUACAGUUCAUGAAAAUGACGAGUCUACUUGUACCACUACCAUCCAGUUUUCGCAUAUCCUUGUUGCGCCUCCCACUAAGUUUAAGGGAUUACCGGAUACCUGUCACAUAAAACCCCGAGAGCUACACAAUAAUCCAUUAGCCGGAGCCGGAGGAACCCAGAGAGAUAGCUUAGCCAUUUUAAUUUUUUUAUUCAUUCCUCAUUACACACUCUGGCUCCAUCUUCUUAUUCCCCUCCCAUUUUUUAAUGCUUUUUUAGCACUUCUUUUUCAUUUGUUGUAGGCCAGCCUCCCCCACUUUCACUCAUAGAAAAUAUUGAGAUGUACAAUUCACACACUGAGUUGGUUGUAGUAGAGAGAUAGAAGAGGAUGAUAUUGUACAAUGUAUAUACAUGUGAUAUAUACAGAAAACAGACUUGGAGGGAGCUGGGUGUCUGCUUGGUGGGUACUUAUGGGUUAGUGGAUUCAAAUUACAAAAUCAUCUUCUCAGAAUUGUUGUUUCUUUCUUCAACCAUUUCAUUCCAUCAAUAAAAAAAAUUCACAUUUUUUCA